CUAGAGGAGGAGGAGGAGGAGGAGGCUUACCUGUCCAGGAAGAGGAGGAGGAGGAGGAGGAGGAGGAGGCAGUUUGGGCGUAGGAAGCAAGGAGGAAGGGAGUCAUGUCCUCCUCCUCUUCCUUCUCCUCCUCCUGCUCCUCUUCCUCCUCUUCCUCCUCUUCCUCCUCCGCGCACCUGUCCUAAUUAAGAGAGCGCAGCGCAGGUAGAGAGAGAGAGAGAGAGAGAGAGAGAGGGAGACGAAAAAGGAACUGAGAGAGAGAAAAAGAGGAAUAUACACAAAUAGUGAAAGAAGAAGAGGAAGAAGAGAAGAUUAAAUAAGUGAUAGUGAAUAAAGAGGAAGAAGAAGAAGAGAGGAUAAACAGUAGAAGGAAAGGAGAUAGAGAAACCGUGAUAAAGACGAGAGGUGAAAGAAAAUCGAACAAUCAGUGAUGCAGUGAAAGAUGGAGAGACAGAAAGACAGUGAUAAAAAGAGGAAUAGAGAGAAAAUAUGAUAAUUAUGUGAAUAAGUGAAAUGUUGAAGAAAAACGGUGACAUACAAAGGAGAGAAUAAUGAAAGGAUGUAGACGAACGAUGAUAAAUAAGGGAAAUAGAGAGAAAAUAAGAUAAUCAGUGGACAGGAAGGAAUAUUUGAUAAAAACAGUGAUAAGCAAACGAGAAAGUAACGAAACAUGAACAGAAAUAAUGAAAGAGGGAGAUAGAUAGAGUGAUAAAUAAGGGAGAUAGCGAAAAAUGUGAUAAUUAUGUGGUAUAGAAGAAAUAUUUGAUAAAAACAAUGAGAAAACAAAAAAAAACAAAUAAUUAAACACCGAAUAAAAGAAAUGCAAACAGAAAAUUGAUAAAAAGGAAGAAGGAAAGGAAGAAAAUAGUUGAAUAGUGAACAAAUUAAUAAACAGAGGAAUAGGAGAAAAAAGGAUUAGAGAAAAGAAGGAAGGAAGAAGAGAAGGAAGAUGAUAAUAUUGAUGUGAAAGAGAGAAAAAGAAGAAAAAGAAAGAGAGAAAGGAAAAAAAUAAAUGCACUUGAUAACAGAAGGAGGAGAAGGAGAAAGAAGUAAAGGAAGGAAGUGAGAGAGAGAGAGAGAAAAAAUGAAAAAGGAAAAGAGAGAGAGAAAAAAAUAAAGAAAAUUAAAAUUGAAACGAACGAAAAAAGAGAAAAACAAAGAAACAUUAACAAGUAAACAAGAAUAAAGAGAAAAAAUAAGUAAAAGAGAGAGAGAGAGAGAGAGAGAGAGAGAGAGAGAGAGAGAGAGAGAGAGAGAGAGAGAGAGAGACAACAACACAAACAAACAUAAACAACACUAAAAAAUAAGAAAUAAACAAAAAAAUGACCACUACCUCCACCACCACCUCCUCCAUCAUCUCCUCCUCCUCCUCCUCCUCCUCCUCCUCUUCCCACCACCCUCCUCCAUGUACCUGUAGGUUACGACGAAAACAAAGAUUCUUGGCAAUUCUUAGCCUCUCUUCAGCCUUCUCUCUCUUCCUCCUUAUCUUGCACGCUUCCUCCUCCUCCUCCUCCUCCUCCUCCAUCACCUCCUCCUCCUACGCCUUCCAGGAGAGAGAAGGAGCGAAGGAGUUGCCGGACAGGUCUCAAUAUGUAAAGGAAACCAUAAAUUUUAAUCCUAACCCGAUUUUAGUGAUGGGAAAAAUUUUGACUCCAGCCAGCUACCUGACGGAGGGGGGGCAGGUUAGAAGGGUGCUCAUUGGAGGAAAGGAGGGGGUGAUGGAGGAGGGGGAGGGGAGGGAGGAAGGAAUGGAGGAAAAGGAGGAGAGAAGUGGAGAAAGGUGGGAGAAAGAUAGGAGAUAUGUGUGGAAUGAAGGAGAGAGGGAGAGGAAAGGUGAAGGAGAGGAGAGAGAAGAGAUAAGAAGAGGAAUAAAGAUAGAAAGGGGAGAAGAUGAUGAAGAAGAAGAAGAAGAAGAAGACAUAAAACAAAUUAAUGCAGAAAGAGAAGAGGAGGAAGUGAGAAAACAAAUAAAGACAGAAAGAGAAGAAGAAGAAGAAAGAGAAAGAGACCCAAGAAAACAGAUGAGGAAAGAAAGAGGAAACAAGAAGAAACACAAAGAAGAUGAUAAUAAUAAUAAUAAUGACCCAGACGACCCCCCCCUCCCCCUCCACCCGCUAGCCUACUCCCCCCCUCCGCCCCCACGCCCCAGCCACCCCCCACUACUACUCAGCCUGGACUACUCUCGGCAGCCAUACUAUCCGUGGAGGACUACUACUGAUGAGUGUGCCAACUAUGCCACCAGGUUUCUAGUGCCGGGUCGGGCUCCUAUCGUGGCCCUGGCGUCUUUCCCCGGAUCUGGCAACACCUGGCUGCGUUACCUGGCGGAGGCUCUGACGGGUGUGUUCACAGGCUCAGUGUACCACGAUGAAAUGCUGGCGUUGAGAGGUUUCUGGGGAGAGAGGGAGAGUUUUUGGCAAGGUUCGACUCUGCUUCAGAAAACACACAGUCUACCCCUUCUUCCUGAGGCAGUCAAGCAGGAGGGGUCAGCAGGCAGCGGUGAGUUUCGGUUCCUGCUUCCGGAGGCGCCGCGUCGUGUGGUACUGUUACUUCGAAACCCUUGGGAGUGUUUGCUGUCCCUGCGCCACUACCACGCCGCGGGGCACACUGGGUUUGGCAGCAGUGUCUUCUUCAGAGGCCAGAGCUGGCACAACUUCACGCAGGAGAGGGCGAGGGAGUGGGUGCAUCUGAACAAGGCCUGGCUAACACUGCCCGCCACAGACACGCUGGUUCUUCAUUACGAGCACCUACAGCACAGACUGGAGCAGGAGGCAGGUCGUCUGAUGACCUUCCUUGGCCUGCCCCUCGACCACGGCAGGCUGGAGUGCUUGCUGAGGUACCCAGAAGGCAGGUUUAGGCGCCCCAAGUACCCUAAACACCUUCAGGGCUACACUUUCCCUAAUCCUCUGAUGUCACGCUGAGGAGAGGCAUGGGCGCCCUGUCUUCUCUCCUAGCCAAGGGAGGACACCCCCCCUUCCCCUGGGCCCUCUACUCCUUCACUCCCCCAGUACAGCCUCCCCCGUAGUAGUGGUGAUGGUGGUUUAAGGGAGUGUCUGUGUGUUUGUUUGUUUGUUUAAGUGUGUUUUGUGUUUGUUUUGUUCGUUUGUUUGUUUGUUUUUCUCUCUGUUCUUUUUAACUUUAUUUAUUUAUUUGUUUAUUUAUCUAUUUUCGUUUUUGUUUUGAGUAUUUGCUUCUUCUCUGCUUCUUUUUCUCUUACUCUCUCUCUCUCUCUCUCUCUCUCUCUCUCUCUCUCUCUCUCUCUCUCUCUCUCUCUUAUUUCGUUUUCGUUCUCUUUCUUUGCAUGUUUUCCUCUUUUCUCUCUUUUCGCCUUCCUUUUAUCUUCUUUUCUCUUUUCUUUAUUGUUUUUAGUUUAGUUUUUUUACUCUUUCCUUUCUUUUCUUUUUAUUAUUAUUAUUAUUAUUAUUAUUAUUAUUAUUAUUAUUAUUAUUAUUAUUAUUACAAUCCUUAUCUUUUUUUCGUUUGUUUUCUCUUUGUUUGUCUGUUCUGUUUGUUUGUUUCUUUCUUCUAUUUAUUUAUUCACGAGAAGAUCUUAUUAUAUUUUAUUAUCAUUAUUCUUACUCCCUCGCAUAACAAAUAAUAAUGAUAAUAAUAAUAAUAAUAAUAAUAAUAAUAAUAAUAAUAAUAAUAAUAACAAUAAUAGUAAUAAUAAUAAUAAUAAUGGAUUUCGAACUACGUAUGUAACUUUCUUACCAUUUCACAAAACAAUUUAACUUGUAGAAAAAAAAUAUAUAUAUACGAGUAUGUAAAGAUUUGAUAAUGUUAUAUACUGUAUGUCUGUCUGUCUGUAUAUAUCUAUCUACCCAUCUAUUUAUCUGUCUAUCUGUCUAUAUAUCUAUCUAUCUCUAUCUUAUCUAUUGCCAUUAUUAUAUAGGAGAGGCCGGGGACAAGUUGGCAAGGGGGUUUAAGUUCCCACAUUUGAAAUAAUUCCACUAUUUGCCGCUUGAAGGCGCUGCUACUCACCCCAGCCAGCCAGUCACCUUGCGGGGCGUCACUCGCCAACGCUCAGCUCCGGAGAAGGUCGGAUCACUUGACUGGAGUGAGGAAAGGUUAAAAUUUUGAUGCUAGUAAGUUAAUUUUCAGUCAGUUGUAUUGUUUGUUGUAUCGGGCAUCUGGUUAAAGAGCAGUGGUAUUCAUUUUGGCCGUAUUUUGUCUCAGACUUCAAGGAUUGUUUACCACUGAAGCACAGCACAACAGGUUUCUUCUAAUCUAUAGGAGAAUGGUUUGGUUACAUCAGCGGUAUGGAUGGGGCAAACUGCCACCAAGAAAAUGGGGCAAAUUGGUACACAGCUAACUAUAUAUGAAUAAUAUUGGCCUAUUUAUUACCUAUUUUCAUAUUAUACUUAAUUUAUAUUAUUUUUUUGUGAUAUAUGUAUGGUGAUACGUAUAUUAAUUCGCUUCAUGAACAAUUUUUUUAUCUUGUAUUUUCAGUGAUGGCUCGAACAGAAAAAUUAACUUACUUUCUUCUGGAAGGAAAAAAAAAAAAAAAAAAAAAUCUGAUGUUUAAACUUAAACUCAAUCUUCAUGAAAUUAAGCUUUACAGAUAUCCAGUAACAGACUGGCGUGUUGCUGGCGAAGCUGUCGUAGGAGGAGCACCACAACGGGGGAGGUCAGGAGCAUCUUCAGUGCUACCUAACGCUUCCACUUUUCUGUAACUUAAGAAAAAAAAAAAAAGUGACAAGAAAAAAAUUCGAAACGAUUGGUGACCUUCAAGAUGCUGCUGACCUCCCUCGUUGUGUUGUUCCUCCUAACACUUUCUGUAUCUAAACUUACAAUUGUACACAUCUAAUUUGCAAUAUUUACAUGUGAAGGGCCAGCACCCCUCAUAUGGGCACGUUGGCACACUUCAGUUAUUUUUCUAAGUAAAGCAGAGCUUUAGUUUGGAAAGAAAACCAUGUUUUUUUUUUUUUUAUCAUAAAAAGUAAUAUGAAUGUUUGUAUUUUUCAUUGCGAGCAUUAACAAACAAAUAUUCUUUAGUUUUUUCGUCCAUCACUAAGAAUGUAAAGAGUGUGCUAUCUAGCCCCGGCCUCACCCCCCCACCUCUCUCUCUCUCUCUCUCUCUCUCUCUCUCUCUCUCUCUCUCUCUCUCUCUCUCUCUCUCUCUCUCUCUCUCUCUCUCUCUCUCUCAAAAUUCAACGAAAAAGACUUGCAAUAAAACUUUGUAACGU